AUGGGGAAUUCACCACCUACAGAACCGGCUCCAGCCUACGAGGACCUAUUCCACGAGCGCGGCUCAAGCUCAAGGAAUGGUUAUGCUAUGGUCGGUCAAAUAGACGACACCACGGAGCACCGAGACGUGGAACAGGGCCACCACCUUCAUGACGUCCCCGCCCCCAUCGCAGUGACAGCGGCUGAUGAGCCGGAUCAACACACCCACUGUGCAGAAUGUGAUCGACAGCGGGAGCGCAGAGAGAGAAGGGAGAGUUCCCAGAAAGCGUGUGGCAUGGUUGCGAAAACAUUCAUCUUCAUCUCUCUGUUCAUGAUGAUAUUGGGGAUUGUUAGCGUCCAGGCUUGGAAGGAUGUUCGUAUGAAGAAGUCACAUGGUUAG